GUGCUUUGUGGACCGUGUGUGAGCUGACAGGUGACAGCCUGAGUGGGGCAGUGUAAAAAAGAUGUGGAUACGGUUAUGUGUGUGCCACCCCAUCCUGGGCCCCACAGUGCCAACGCCUUGGGGACAGCAGUUGUCACAUGGGGAGGUGACAUCAUGGAACUCUAUCCCAAAAUGAGAACUGGCAGCAGCUCUCCGGCCACUUCCUUUCCCCGCUGCAGUCUCGCUGUCCCCAAGCUGCUCCUGUUUCAUGACACGAAGGGAGGUGGUCCUCAUCCUGGUGCCCCGACCCUCCCUGUCGCUGCACCCCAGCCAGGGGGUGUCCCUGGGGGACAAUGUCACCCUGCGUUGCCACCUGCCCCGCAUGGCUGCCUGGGUCCAGCUCUGGCUCAAUGGAACUCUGAGAUUUAACAAGGAAAAAGACAAGGAGCAGGAUACAGCUGAGUUCUCCUUUGCUGUCACAAACCUGGAGGACGCCGGGACAUAUCAGUGUCGGUACCAGGUGUCAGAGCCUCUGAGGACAUCCAAAAAGAGUGACCCCGUGGAGCUGGUGCUGACAGGUGCCAAGGGGCGGUUCCAUGGGAACCUGGUGGAGGCGGUGCUGAGGGGCUGUGCUGCUGUCUUGGUCUUCAGCCUGGGCCUCUACUUUGUCCUCGAUGCCCGCAGCCUCUGGAAACGGAGAAAUGAGAGCGCAGGUGUCACCCCUGAGAUGCCCGAGUCAGUGCAAUUCCAGGGGUUCCCCACGAACAGCGAGAAUCUGACCUACGCUGAGAUGCCAGCUGCCAUCCCGUGCCCCCAGCCUCCCACUUCCCCCACUGCCCCCCAGUCCCCUGUCAUCUACACCACAGUGAGCACUGAUUUACCGCGCUGAUGGGCCUCCCCAAGUGUCUCAUUUCUGGGGUGUGUGGAAGGGGACAGACCUCAAAUUCCCUGCUUGGGACUCCCUGAUGUCCUGUUCUAACCACAAACCAGAUAACCUCCCCAAAUCUAACAAUCCCAAAUUCUCAUUGGUGCAUCCCAAAUGCUUCCCAGACACACCGAAUCCCUAAAUGCUCAUCUCUUACUCUAAAGUCCUUCUUUAUCCCCACAAAUCUCUUAACAGUCCCUGAGACCUCCAAGUCCUCUCCCAUCCGCUCCCAAACACCACCACCAUUCCUGUGAGACCCCCUCAUCUGUCCCUAUCUACCCCUCUUAUGGACAUCCCCAGACAUGUCCCUUUGCUCCCCUUCCAUUUCCCACUGAUGCUCAAUAGAUCCCCUAUAAAUUCCCCAAUAUUUCCUGCCUCCUAUUCUGUUCCAGUUUUAUCAUUGGUCUUUGGGUGCUGAGCAAUUCCUUUGUGCAUCACUUGCUUUGGAAAAAUAUAUUCAUAUAUCUCAUCAUCAUUACUGUUAUGUCUCUCUUCGUUUUCGGUCUCAGUAAAUAGAUUUUAUCGGAACCUA